CGUCAGAAUCGCCUCGGGAUUUCCUCUCCCCUUAGGUUGUCGGUCGUCGCUGGCGGGGAGAAGCGGCACGCACUGAAUACGCGUGAGGCGUCUGGUUUACCAAGUUUUUUUCCCCGUACUUUGUGAUCAAAUCCCCGCUCCGCAGCUGAAGAAGACGUGUCCGUGUGGAUGUAGAAAAAAAAGUUUAGGUUUAAUGACCAAACUUACAGGAGACACCAUGUUCAGCUGCGUUUCCUGCUCAUAAACACAGCAUCUGACAUCGGUACUGCUACUAAGGUGACCCAGCAAUAGGGUCUACUAUGUUCCCUGAUGCCCUUGAAGCAGCCGGGCAGGUGGAGAGCCUCCCACCGCCGUCCCCAAUACCCCUAUCAGAGCUGGAGAAAGAGGAAGCAGAAGCAUCGGUCGAGAGGGGGCCAAAGAGACGAGGACGCUACCGGCAAAGCCUGCAGCUUUUAAAGCCCUUCAGGAUAACUCAAAAGCACCAGCACCCAGUUGAUAAUGCUGGCUUCUUCUCAUUUUUGACUCAGCACUGGCUCUCCCCACUGGCACUGAAAGCCUACAAGAAGUCCGGCUUGUCUGUAGAUGAUGUGUGGGGACUGUCUUGCCACGAAGUCUCUGAAAUCAACUGCCAAAGGCUCGAAUCUUUGUGGCACGACGAGCUGAAAAGACGAGGGCGAGAUGGGGCAUCUCUGAGGAGAGUAUUCUGGAGGUUCUGCCAAACCCGCAUGCUGGUGGCCAUCUUUUCCCUGCUUCUCACAAUGGUGGCAGGCUUUGUUGGGCCUGCCCUACUGAUUCGAGCUCUGCUUGAGUACGCGCAGAACGCAGAGAGCCGUAUGUAUUACGGCCUGUGUCUGGUGGCCGGGAUAUUCCUCAUCGAACUGAUGCGCUCCUGGUCUCUGAUGCUCAUGUGGGCCCUCAACUUCCGCACUGCAGCGCGCCUCCGCGGGGCAGCUCUUACUUUUGCCUUCCACAAGAUCCUCCGCCUGCGCAGCACUAAGGACAUCAGUCCAGGCGAGUUGAUUAACAUGUGCUCCAGUGAUGGCCAGCGCCUGUAUGAUGCUGUGUCGCUGGGCUCCCUGCUGGCCGGGGGGCCUUUGGUGGGAAUACUGGGUCUGUCUUACACCGCAUACUUCCUGGGCCCCAGUGCUCUGCUGGGGUCAGCCAUUUUCAUCAUCAUCUACCCUGUUAUGAUGCUUGCAUCAAGGCUGACGGCGUAUUUCCGCAAGAAGUGCGUGGUGGCAACUGACCGGCGCGUGAGGCUGAUGAAUGAGAUCUUGGGCUGGAUAAAGUUCAUCAAGAUGUAUUGUUGGGAAGAUGCUUUUGCACAGAAUAUUCACAAGGUGCGCUCAGAAGAGAGAAGAACACUGGAGAAAGCUGGGGUUGUCCAGAGCUUCACAGUGGGUGUGGCCCCCAUUGUUGUGGUGAUAGCUAGUGUGUGCACUUUCACCCUCCACAUGGCUUUGGGCUACGACCUUAAUGCAGCGGAGGCUUUCACUGUGGUUGCAGUUUUUAACGCCAUGACCUUUGCCCUGAAAGUCACACCCCUGGCUGUGAGGGCACUGUCAGAGGGUGCUGUGGCAGUCCAGAGAUUUCAGAGACUCUUCAUGAUGGAUGACAGACAGGUUGUUCUGGUCAAAAUGGAUGAUCCUAGCAAUGCUGUAGAAUUUCAGGAUGCCACACUAGUUUGGGAAAUUGCUCGGGCUCCUGUUGCAAAACCUAACCUGCCUCCCAAGAAGCAGGGAGGGAUGAAUUGUGUGCUGCGCAGGGAGAAACUUAGCCUGUACAUUUCCACAGAGGAUGGGAAAGAAAACAAUGAAGGCUGUAACGCACAAAGUCUCCUCACAAAUAUGGAACAGGAGAGUCCACACAGCACCAUCUCCUCAACUCAAAGCUUACGACCUCCGCUGCACAAGACCCUGCAUCGCAUUGAUCUCCGCAUUAAGAAGGGUUCACUGGUUGGGAUCUGUGGAGGUGUUGGGAGUGGAAAGAGCUCUCUCCUGUCGGCUCUGCUGGGGCAGAUGACCCUGUUAGGAGGUAACGUAGCUGCCAGCGGCGGCUUUGCUUAUGUCUCUCAACAAGCCUGGAUCCUCAAUGACUCGCUCAAGGAGAACAUUCUGUUCGGAAAAGAGUAUGACCAAGAAAAAUACAACACAGUCUUAGAAGCCUGCUGUCUUCUCCCAGAUCUUGCAGAGCUCCCAUAUGGAGACAGGACAGAGAUUGGUGAGAGAGGGGCCAACCUGAGUGGAGGGCAGCGUCAGAGAGUGAGCCUGGCUCGUGCUCUCUACAGUCAGCGGCCCAUACUUCUUUUGGAUGAUCCUCUCAGCGCCAUUGAUGCUUGUGUGGCUUCCCAUGUCUUCCAUAAAGCUAUCAGGGCUGCCACCAAAGGCAAGACAGUGCUCUUUGUGACCCACCAGCUGCAGUAUCUGUCUGAGUGUGACGACAUUAUUCUCAUGAAGGACGGGCAGAUUGCCGAGCACGGAACCCAUGCACAGCUAAUGGGUAAAGAGCGUGACUAUGCCACCCUAUUCAGAAAUAUGCAACACGAGAAUGUGGUGAAAGAGAAUAUAAAAGACAAACAGCAGAGGUUAUGUGCAGACGAGGCUGAUGGCGUCGUUGAUGUUACCAAGGUUGGGCCAAAGGUGGAAAGCAAGAAAGGAGAACAACUGAUGAAAGCUGAAGAGAAAGGCUCUGGUGCAGUCUCCUGGUCUGUGUAUGGUGCCUACAUCCAAGCAGCAGGAGGACCAGUUGUCUUCAUCAUCAACAUCUUCCUCUUCCUUUCCACCACAGGCAGCACAGCCUUCAGUAACUGGUGGCUGAGCCAUUGGAUCAGGCAGGGCAGUGGGAACACAUCAUUAAUCUUGGUGAAUGAUACGAUGGCAAGCAGCAGCAUGAGACUCAACCCUCACAUUCGGUAUUAUUCAACGAUUUACGUGGUAUCCAUGGGAGCUGCUUUACUGCUGAAGACAAUGAGAGGACUAGUGUUUGUGAAGUGCACAGUGAAGGCUGCAUCAGCGCUCCACGACAAGCUGUUCCACCGACUCCUCCUCAGCCCCAUGCAGUUCUUUGAUACAACACCUCUGGGUCGUAUCCUGACCCGCUUCUCGAGGGACAUGGAUGAGGUUGAUGUUCAUCUGACCAUGCAAGCUGAACUGCUGCUGCAGAGCCUGACCCUGGUCCUGUUUUGCUUGGGAAUGGUGGGCAUCGUAUUUCCUUGGUUCCUGAUCGCCAUCUUGCCUCUGGGUGUCUUCUUCUGCAUUGUCAACCGUGUCUCCAGGGUUCUGAUUCGUGAGCUGAAGCGCCUAGAGAACAUCAGCCAAUCACCAUUCACCUCUCACAUCACCAGCAGUCUUCAGGGACUCUCCACCAUCCACGCAUAUGGAAGAGGGCACGACUUCCUCCAAAGAUAUCAGGACUUACUGGACACCAACCAGGCCUCCAAAUACCUCUUCAGUUGUGCAGUGCGUUGGCUGGCUGUCCGCCUGGACCUCAUCAGCAUCUUCCUGACCACUGCUGUAGCACUUCUCAUUGUCUUCAUGCACAAUCAGAUACCUCCCUCUUAUGCAGGCCUGGCCAUAGCGUACGUAGUGCAGCUGACUGGCUUGCUUCAGUUUACGGUGAGACUGCUCGCAGAGACUGAAGCUCGGUUUACAUCAGUUGAGAGGAUCAGUCAUUAUAUAAAGUGUCUACAGAGUGAAGCACCCAGACACAGUCCUGAGGCGGCCGCUCCCGCCCCCUCCUGGCCUCAGCAGGGAAAGAUCACCUUCCAGAAUGUGGAGAUGCGUUAUCGUGAUGAUCUGCCACUGGUGCUUAAAAACCUGUCCUUCACCAUCCUGCCUGAAGAGACCAUCGGCAUUGUGGGUCGCACAGGUUCAGGAAAGUCCUCCCUGGGUGUAGCGCUGUUCAGACUGGUGGAGCUGACAGGAGGCUCUAUUAUCAUUGAUGGAGUCAACAUUACACAGAUUGGUCUGGAUGAGCUGCGGAGCAGGCUAGCCAUCAUUCCUCAAGAGCCCGUGCUCUUCAUUGGCACCAUCCGGACCAAUUUAGACCCAUGGGAUCAAUACUCUGACUCUGAGAUAUGGGAGGCUCUUGAGAAGACACAUAUUAAACAGAUGGUCAGCCAGCUACCUCACUCCCUCCACUCCGAGGUGACGGAGAAUGGAGAGAACUUCUCAGUGGGAGAGCGACAGCUAAUCUGUGUGGCCAGGGCCCUGCUGAGGAACAGCAAGAUUCUUAUACUGGAUGAGGCAACAGCAGCCAUCGACACUGAGACAGAUCGUAUGAUACAAGAAACCAUUUCCCAUGCGUUUGACAGUUGCACCACACUCAUCAUCGCACAUCGUCUCAACACAGUGAUGAACUGCAGCAGGAUCAUGGUCAUGGAUAAUGGCCAGAUUUUGGAGUUUGACAGUCCCGCUGCCUUGCUGGCAGAUGAAAACUCAAGAUUCAGAGCCAUGGUAAAAGCAUCAGAAACCUCGCUGAACUUUGGACGUGAGCUGUGACAUCACUGAAUAUUUAGCAGAAGGCCUGAAUUGCACACACACACAAAUAAGAAGAUCCAGUCCGUCCAUUGUGUGAAAGCAAUGUGUUAAGAAAUACAGAGGUUUUUGCAAUUGCUGCUUCAUGUAA